AUGGGCAAUAAUACUUGGAAAGUCAUUACCGCUACAGCUUUGUUGACAGUAGCAGCUUGUAAAUCAUGGCAAGUGUUGUCAUCUCAAUGCAUUUCUCCAACAAAUGUAAAGGAACCUGUGGGUGAUAAGAAAAAAUACAAGAAAAAAUUGGUAUUGGAUACUCAGGAUUAUGAUGACGAAUUGUUUAGAGAACAAUUGGCUAGAAAUUAUGCGUUUUUGGGGGAAGAUGGGAUGGAGAAAUUGAAACAACAAUAUAUCGUUGUUGUUGGAGCAGGUGGGGUUGGGUCAUGGGUUGUGACGAUGCUAAUUAGAUCCGGGUGUAGUCAUAUUAGAAUCAUUGAUUUCGAUCAAGUCUCAUUAAGUUCUUUGAAUAGACAUUCAUGUGCCAAUUUGAAUGAUGUGGGGACUCCCAAAGUGGAGUGCUUGAAAACUCACAUGUCUCAAAUUGCUCCUUGGUGUGAGAUUGAAGCUAUAAAUGAAUUAUGGACCAUUGAAAAUGCUGACCGUUUGAUUCUAGAGAAUUCUCAUGAUAAUAAACGUCCCACCUUUGUUAUCGAUUGUAUAGAUAACAUCGAUACAAAAGUGGAUCUUUUGGAAUAUGUCUAUCGUCACAAGAUUGAUGUCAUUUCUUCUGGUGGUGCUUCCGCCAAGAGCGAUCCAACUCGUAUUAAUGUUGGUGAUAUGACCACCACUGAAGAAGAUCCCUUGGCUAGAUCAGUAAGAAGAAGAUUAAAGAAAAGAGGUAUCACCACUGGUAUCCCUGUAGUGUUUAGUGCAGAAAAACCUGAUCCUAGAAAGGCCAAAUUAUUACCUUUACCUGAAGAUGAAUAUCAAAAGGGGUCCGUAGAUCAAUUGAGUGCCCUAAAGGAUUUCCGAGUCCGUAUCUUACCUGUCUUGGGGACCAUGCCAGGUAUUUUUGGGUUAACUAUUGCCACUUGGGUUUUAACUAAAGUAUCUGGUUAUCCUAUGGAACCAAUAGAAGGUAAAAAUAGAAUUAAAUUAUACGACGGGAUUUACCAAUCUUUAGCCGGUCAAAUGACCCGUAUCGGAAUGCCCGAUCAAAGGGUCCCUAUCGCGUUAAAGGAUGUGGGUUAUAUAGUGGAGGAAAUCUUUAGAGGUAAAUCCCCAAUCUCGGGAUUUUCUACUAGAUUGACUUUAUCCAAAUGGGAUCCCUCAUUACCUGUUUCUUUGCAAAACGUGGUUUUAAUGACAAAGGAGGAACAAAAAGAUCAUGAAUUAAAAAUCUUAAACGGUAACCAAAAGUUACAUGAGGUUUACCCACAAGAAGUCUUGGAUUUAGUAGCUAAAAGAUUUGAUGAAGAAAAAUAUUAUUCACAAUUCCGUUAA